AAUAAUAAUAAUAAUAACAAUAAAAUGAGGGAGAUUGAAUGGAGCAGGUAUGGAGGAUUAAGAGCUUUGAUUCAUCUAUUGGUGCCACUGUGUGUGCAUUUCGUCGCAGAGGAGAUGACGGUUCCCUUGCUCGUCGACGUUACCACUAAAGCUUUUUGCGAUGAUUCCAAAUCAAAUACUUGCCCUCAGGUCAUCUAUCUCAACGGCUUCCAACAAACGUUUGUUGGGAUAUUCAGGGUGGUGAUGCUUCCUUUCCUGGGCCAACUUGCUGAUGAGUAUGGGCGCAAACCACUGCUCCUCUUUACAAUAUCCGCUAGCAUAUUACCUUUCGCUGUACUAGCUUGGAGUGACUCAAAACAAUAUCUUUAUGCUUACUAUGUGCUCCGGAUGAUUUCACAUAUCAUUAGUCAAGGAAGCCUUUCCUGUAUCUCUGUUGCAUAUGUGGCUGAUGUAGUGGAAGGCAGUAUGAGGACUACAGCAUUUGGAUGGAUUUCAGGUCUUUUCGCUGUUUCAAAUUUCCUGGGAAAUCUGUUGUCCCGUGUUCUUCCUGAAGAUUAUAUUUUUGAGGUGUCCAUACUCCUGUUAGCAUUGUGUCCAGUUUAUUUAAAGCUAUUUCUGGUUGAGACAAUUAAGCCAGCUCCAAGGCAGGAGCAACAUUCAUCUUGUUUGGCUACAAUUAAUAACGUCUUUAAGAAGCAAUACAAAUCUGUGAAGAAUGGUCUAGCUGUGGGUGCUAACAGUGGAACAUUGAAGCGUAUUGCUCUAAUUACGUUCCUUUUUAAGUUAGGAAUGUCUGGCAUCAGCAGUGUCUUAUUGUACUAUCUGAAGUCAGUUUUUGCUUUCGACAAGAAUCAAUUCUCCGAUAUCCUGAUGUUGGUUGGAAUAGGUUCCAUUUUUUCCCAGAUUUUGUUGCUUCCACUUAUAAAUCCUCUGGUGGGAGAGAAAGGAAUUUUGUGCAUCUCUUUGCUUGCAGCAACGGCAUAUGGGUUAUUCAAUGGUUUGGCAUGGGCACCUUGGGUUCCAUUUAUGAGUGCCUCAUUUGAAGUUGUCUAUGUUCUUAUGGAACCAGCUAUUUAUGCUAUUGUUUCAAAGGCUACAAGUUCAACCAAUCAGGGAAAAGCCCAAGGAUUUAUCGCUGCUGUGCAAUCAAGUGCAACUUUGCUAUCACCACUUGCAAUGAGUCCAUUGACGUCAUUGUUCCUAUCAAGCAAGGCCCCGUUUGAUUGCAAAGGUUUCAGUCUAUUGUGUGCAUCACUUUUUAUGGUGUUUGCUUUGUUUUUCGCUUGGCGGCUGAACUUAGACAAUGGAACCUCCACUAGUGAGCCUUGGGACACCAGUGACAACAUCGAAGCACCUCUCCUCUCAUGAUAACUAAUGGCUGAAAAGGUCACUAUGGCAAAAAUUUGCACAGCUUUGCCUACAGAAGUCAACUGCAGAAGUAUUAAGGCCUGGAAGAACUCUUGGAGUUAGUUCUACAUUUGUAUUCUGUGUUGGGUUCAAAAUUUCCACAUCAGUCUUGAGUAUGCAUUGUAAAUCUUUGAUAUGCCUAUAAUGCCAUGUUUUGUAAGUUCUUCUGUGAUAUAUAUAAAGAAAUGAGUUAAUAUAUUUCAACCCUGUUAUUUUGCCUCCCCA